CCAUCAAUCGAAAGCCAUCUCUAACCGACGGGUGGGAUACAAUGGAAUUUUCUAAUUGAAUUAAUUUUUCCAAUUGUUUAAAUGUACAUUCAGUAUCUUCUGAUAAUCCAAACAAUUAUGUAUGUUUGAAGGAGAUAAAACAUACUAGUGCAAAACUCUUUCGUCGGCAGGUGACCUCAACAAGGUUAAAAAAAGUAAAAACCAAAAAAAAAAAAAGAAAAAAAAACACAAAAUAACUGAAGAUGACCAAAACAUUUAUAAACCAUACAAUCAGCAUAAUAUGGCUAAUUAUCUUUAGCAAUAUUGGCAUAUGGGCCCAAUUGGACAUUGAUCAAAUCCAGACCCAACUUCCAGACCAACUAGCCAAGUCGAACUUUAGCUUAAACGAUGCCAAGGAGCUGUUUCGCAACAAAUGCAUCGAGGUUGCCGGCGAGGAGGCGGGUGGUCAGGCGUACGGCGAAAUCGAGUCUGGAUUUAUUGUCCUCACCGAUUGCCUAAAUGGCAUCGUUAACUAUACGGCGAUGCAACAGGAAAUUCAGGAGGCCAGUCCCAAGGGCGAACUCGAUGUAGUAUUUAAUAAGUACUGUAGCAGGCGAACGAACGCCGUGGAAUGUGUUGAUGUGUUUACGGCCAAGCUUUUGCCUUGUUUGGUCCAGGAGGAGCGAGAAGGUCAGGAUGUCAUUAAGCAGAUUAUCCAGAGCCUGUUAAAUUUCGUCUGUCACAAAGAUGGCGAUCAAAUAGCUCUAUUUAUCGCUGAAAAAGGCCCCGAGUGCAUCGAAUCGCAGAAGGACAACAUCCACCAGUGCGUGAACAAUACCUUUUCGGAGUACCUAAACUUCUCUGAUCUGCAGGACAAUCGAAUCAAGACGAUCCCAAAGCUAACUGUUGGUCAAAAGCAGUGCGACGAAAUGUUGACUCUGGAAGCUUGUGUGGUCAGCAAAUUGGAGCAAUGCUCGGACAUUACACCAGCCAAUCUCGUCGAGUCAAUGUUCAACUUUAUAAGAAACCAAACAUUGUGCCGAGACAAUCAAAAAUCUCCUCUAGUCGCUGCGGUCAGUGGAAGUCGAGGGUUGCAACACAUUAUGCCUAAUAUUUUUCCUUACUUCGCUAUUUAUUUGCUUAUUUUACGAGUUUCUUUUCAAAAAUCUCCUUAGUUUUAAGAUGCUUGUUUUUGUGCUCGAAUAUUAGCUUUUUAUCCUGACAGAUAAUCUGUAAAACUUUUUUUUAAUGCUUCAGCUUUCCAGUUUAAAGCGAUUAAUCAAAAAGCACGAUAAUCACUAUUUUUAAGCUUUUGCUUUGCUAAUAACGUAGACGUGGAACAGGAUUCCAUAGUUCAACAGCUUCUGGGGGUGCGCAAGUCAAAGUACUCAGGCAGCUAAAUUUGUUGAUUGCUUAUAAUUUGUGUAAUUAACUUUCAAUAAUUGUUUAGAAUACUCCUAAAAAUGAGUUGGCCUAUGUCAUGCGUUCAUCUCAAUGCUUUAUUUAAAUUCGAUUAAAUUUUGGGGGCUUAUUCGGUUUCGAGUUAAGUUUGUAUUAAAUCUUAUAUUUCACUGUGGGCAGCUAAUGGUAAUCUCACUAUUUCAUAGUGAAUAAGGUACGGGUUUGGGAUAUGAAGUACUAUCUAUUAUAUUUGUAUGAAUAAUGAAUGAAAAGUUUUGUAAAUGAAUAUACGUAUCAUUAUUGUAAAAAUAAAGUGAUAAAUUUGAAAAUAAA